CACUUGCUCAGCAGUUGCACGCCGCUCUUGCACCUUAACGCAUUCCACACAACCGAGAUCAUGAAGCCUCUGCUGCUGGCCGUGGUGGCCCUGCUGACGCUCUCUGCACUGCUCGAGGCGGCACCGCAGGGUGAGAACGACGUCAGCCCUGUAGAACCUGCAUUCACCCUACCUGUGCAACUUGUCGGCUUCCCGGUCAUCAUCAUGGCAGUGAAAUUCGCCAACUUCCUGAAGAAACUGACGUACUCUCUCAAUCCAAAAACAUACGUUGGUCGAGUUCGCCGAGGUACUUUAGACGGCAGUCUUCUCAGGGAGCACCUAAGAAAUAGCAAGUACCAGAGCGAUGAUCUUGACCUUGCCAACAUUGAGCACCAGCUCGUAUCCGAGAUGGGCCCAGACGUUUGCCUCUUUGAGGAAAUUUGCAACAAGUACUCAAAGCACAGCAAAGCUCUGGACUGGGAGGACGUGGUCAAAGAGUACGAGCACUACGCGGGCAGCCGUAAAAAGUUUUUCUUGCUUAGUGUAUUCCUCGGUGAGAUUGUGUCAUCACCAAAACUUUGCCAUCAAAUUGCGAGUAGACCUGGCAGAUCGUGCCAAUUUUGAACUGAUUUUUUUACAAAUAAUACACAAGUGAUGAGACGGAAGGCUUUAUAUAUAUUAUCCAGCUGUGUUUCUACGGUUUACCAUUUCAGUGGUGCGCCAGUGUGUUGAAUAAUCUUAAGAUUUGAAUAAAAUUAAUUUAAGAUUUUUUUGUAAAAA